GCUCCCCCCACGGCCCCUGCCCACUGCUGGGGACAUCCCCUGCUGGCAGGGACGCCGCAGCCCCAGCGGCCGAUGGGGCUGUGGCCUGGGGCCGUGUUCCAUGGGGAGCCCCCGCAGCCCGCAGGCAGCUGCCCGCUGCAGGCCUCCGGCAGCCCCGUCCUUCUGCCAGCACCUUCGGUGCAGCAGCAGGUGCUCCCUGUGCCCUGCACGCUGCCCGCCAGCUGGGAGCAGGCGGUGGGGCCCUUUGGAGAUGUCGUGCUGCUCACGGAGGACCAGGGGCACCCAGCGCCCACCAACGUGUGCCCCCAUCCCACCACGGCUCCACUCACCUGCAGCACCGCAGCGCUGGAAUCAGGUGCAGCGACAACGAACGCAGACAUCUCGCAGGACACCAUGGACAUCGAUGACCUCCUGACGUGGAUGAACAGCGAAGUGACAUCCAGCACAGAGAUCCCGGACGACAUCCCGGACAUGGAUGACCUCCUGGCGUGGGUCAACAACGAAGUGACGAGCCCUCUGGAGAUCCCCCAGCAGAACCAGGACCUCGUUGAUGUCCAAGCAGAGGGGACCGAUUGCACUGAGACUGUGGAAAAUGGUCACAGUGAGCUGCUGCCAGAACUGAACGUCCAGGAAAGGGCAGAGCUGCUGUGGUGGAUCGAUGCCACGCAGCCACCGAGCCCAGCUGUCCCCAGCAGCCUCGACAGCGCUCCUUUCAUCGCAGCGCUCCCUGACUUUCCCUGGGCCGGCACGGAGCUCAGCGGAGAGGCAGAGGCUGAUGCCAGGCCCAUCAACGACCUGUUCUGGAGGCAGCCAGCAUGCU